UGUAUGACGUAAGAGCGCUCAUGCGUCAGGCGAUAGGACCGGUCUAUCACUGCCAGCUUCCUUUGAACAUGUGACUGUUGUGUGUAAGCAAAGAGCAGUCACGCUGGAAGCAGUGCAGUCCGAUUCUCCGAACUUGUGAUCCAACCUCCGGAUCACAACCACACCAGCCGGGACACCUAUAUAUUGAAAGCAGAAGCCGCCCUUUAUUCCUUCUCUCCAUUCCUCAAAAGAUAUCGAUCAAGAUGGACUGCGGAAUCAUCACGUCGAAAACUGUGCUACUGCUUCUCAGUCUAAUAUUUUGGGCUGCGGGAGCCGCCUUAGCCUAUGUGGGGGCCUACAUCAUCCGGAGCUACACCAACUUCGCGGCCUUCCUGGAGGACCAAUAUGUCAUGAUCCCAGCCGUGAUCAUCAUCUGUGUCGGCGUGGCGAUGUUCCUUUUGGGCUUGCUGGGAUGCUGUGCCACAAUCUCAGAGUCCAAAGUCGGCCUUGGCUUGUUCCUGGUCGUCAUCCUGGCGCUCUUCGCUGGUGAAGUUGCUGCUAUGACCUUCUGUUUCAUCUACCAGGGCAAGAUAACUGAGGACCUGCAGCGUUCGAUGACCGACGUCUUCAUGAAGUACGACAGCCAGAGCACAGAGAGCAUUGCCGUGGAUCACCUGCAGUCCCAGUUGCAGUGCUGUGGAGUGUUUAACCUGAGCAGCUGGGUGUCCACCCCCUGGUACACCAGCCACAACAACACAGUGCCCGUCUCCUGCUGCAAGAACCAGACGGAGUGCACCGGCCAGCUCGACCAGCCUCAGUUCCUCUUCACAAAGGGAUGCCAAGACCAGGUGGAUGUGCUCCUUCAGAAUGUGUUGAGUUAUGCCAUGCUGGUGAAUUUGGGCUUCGCCAUAAUUAUGGUCUUCGGGAUGCUGAGCGUGUGUGUGAUCACCUGUAGGUGCAACGACAGGAGGAAUGGCUACCAUCCCAUCUAUAACUGAGGCAGUUCCUUCUCCACCAGGCAUUUAGCUUAGAUAUUCUUCCUCAGCCUUAUCCUUUCUCCUCUUUCUGACACAGUACCUGCUCUACCAUGCAUUUAGCUGAGUGAAGCUCCGUCAGUCUUAACCUUUCUCCUGUCUCCUCCCAUGGCUGCCUGUUACGUCCCUGCGCCUCGCUAUAGGAGUUCACACACUUCCCCAGAGUCACCGUUAGACUGCAAUCAGAAGGGAAAUGUUACCAAACCUUUUAGUAUAACAGCCCUUUUUCUGGAACUUUCUUAAAAUAAUUUGAUAAUAAUUGUAAAAUAAUUUGAUGAAUGAGGACACAUGUGACAUUUUUGCAUUUGUCACACGUCUAAAACAUGAAUGUUUUUAAACGAAAAAACUUUAAAGCAAGGAAUCAGUUUCUUUUCCAACUUGGAAAACAAUUUUGGACACAAUUCACAAAACACUUAACUACUAAGAAGACAAUUCACGAAACACUUCACUUUAUAAAAGUAACUUCACGAAACACUUAAGUAUAAAGAGUUACCUAGGAACAUGUGGCUCAUCCUCACAAAUCUUUUUUCGAACCGUACAUUGAACAUGCUGUGAAAAGAUUUUUGACAUUGAGCUUUACAUAUGCCCGGGCAGGAAUGGUUUUCACAAAGCACUGAUUCGACUCGUAUAUCCAUAUAUCUACUGAACACAAAAUAAAUUGUUAUUUUAUUUAACACAAUACAAGGGGUUAACCAUUAUUUGUUUUCUUCCUUGGGGUUUUAGUGAACGCCUCUGCGCUGCUUUUACAUGACAAAAAGAAACCACUACUCCACCUAUAGGGGAGCUAAUAUGAGGAUGAAGUCACUCACAUAUGAGGUAUUAUAUACGCUGUUUUGUAUUGAUUUUAAAUGGGCAUGAUUCAGAGGCUAAGAUUGUAGUUUGAUAAAUGUUUAUCUAUUUUAAGCCUCUUCCAUACUAAAUGCAAAGUUCUCCCUUAUCGUAUCUUUUCAAAGUUAUGCAUUGAUGGGAUUACUGUUGUGUAUAAUUGAUUGCUAAAGUAAUAAAUUAUACUAUGGAAACAAUGA